AUGGCCUCCUCCUCCAGCAUCGACAUCGAGGACGCGACCCAGCACCUGCGGGACAUCCUCAAGCUGGACCGGCCGGGAGGUUCAGUGAAUGAGAACCAGAGACCGUCAAAUUCGUAUAAUGGAGACCUGAAUGGACUGCUGGUGCCUGAUCCCAUCGUGGCCGGAGAUGGACCUUCUUUGGCUAAGCCAGUGCAUCGCAGCAUUUCUUUGGGAGCCCUGCAGGAGAAGCAAGUCAUCUGCCUUUCCGGUGAUGACAGCUCCACUUGCGUAGUGAUAUCGGCAAAAGAUGUGGAGAUAGUGGCCAGCAGUGAUUCCAGCAUCACCAGUAAGGCCAGAGGGAGUAACAAGGUGAAAAUACAGCCUGUUGCCAGAUAUGACUGGGAGCAGAAAUACUAUUAUGGCAAUCUGAUAGCUGUUUCAAACUCUUACCUGGCUUAUGCCAUUAGAGCUGCCAGUAAUGGCUCCGCUAUGGUGCGGGUGUUGAGCGUCAGCACUGCUGAGCGGACCUUGCUGAAAGGAUUCACAGGCGGUGUGGCAGACCUGGCUUUUGCUCAUCUCAACUCCAACCAGCUGGCGUGCCUGGAUGAGGCUGGCAACCUUUUUGUCUGGCGCCUGGCCAUGGAUAAAGAAAAAAUCCAAGAGGAGAUCUUGGUUAACAUCAAGCGACCUGACAACACCCCGUUGAACACCUCUAGAAGAAUCAUCUGGUGUCCUUUCAUCCCGGAUGAUAAUGAGGAGAGUGGUGAAGAGGGAAGUCAGACGUUGGCGUUGUUGCAUGAGGACAGGGCAGAGGUGUGGGAUUUGGACAUUAUCCGAACGAACAACAGCUCCUGGCCGGUGGAAGUGCCUAGCAUCAAAGAAGGCUUCAUCGUAGUGAAAGGCCACAGCACGUGCCUGAGCGAGGGAGCACUUUCUCCAGAUGGAACUGUGUUGGCCACAGCAAGCCAUGAUGGUUUUGUCAAAUUCUGGCAGAUCUAUAUUGAGGGGCAAGAUGAGCCAAGGUGUCUUCAUGAGUGGAAACCCCAUGAUGGUAGGCCUCUUUCCUGCCUGCUCUUUUGUGACAACCAUAAAAAACAAGACCCAGAAGUUCCCUUCUGGAGAUUUCUCAUCACAGGAGCAGAUCAGAACAGAGAACUGAAGAUGUGGUGCACUGUGUCCUGGACCUGUCUGCAAACUGUCCGCUUUUCUCCUGACAUCUUCAGCUCCAUGAGUAUUCUUCCCAGCCUGAAAGUCUGCCUGGACCUCUCCGCUGAAUAUCUGAUACUGAGCGAUGUGCAGAGAAAAGUCUUGUAUGUGAUGGAGCUGAUGCAGAACCAAGAGGAGGGUAAAGCUUACUUCAGCUCCAUCUCGGAGUUCCUCCUUACCCACCCAGUCCUAAGCUUUGGCAUCCAGGCAGUGAGCCGCUGUCGGUUAAGGCACACUGAAGUGCUCCCGGCCGAAGAGGAAAAUGACAACUUGAGUGUAGAAGGUGCUCAGGGAGCUGGGGCUGUUGAAUCAGCAGCAGGCGUGCUGAUAAAACUCUUCUGUGUGCACACCAAGGCCCUGCAGGAUGUGCAGAUUAGAUUCCAGCCUCUUCAUAGCCCUGACAUGAGCGCAUCCAUGCCUUCCCAUGGCUCUCAUGAAGAAUUUGCCUUUCCAGACCACAUGGCUGAUCUGAGCACAGAAGGGCUGGGAUCCGAAAAAGGAUCGGUGCAUGGCUCUCAACCAGACCUGCGGCGUAUUGCUGAUCUGCCUGUACCAGCAGACUUCCUUUCUCUCUCCAAUGAUGCCAAACCUAAGCUGAUGACUCCAGAUGCAUUCAUGACACCAAGUACAUCUCUUCAACAGGUAACCAGAGAGCAGCACUGAAGCAGCAUUGGGGCCAGCAUAUCUCCCUGCAGCAGCGUCAGUUCCCUGACUGCAGUCACAGCCAUGAGUAGCACUUCUGUCACAGAUGCCUCUAUGCCCAGGCCAUCGGAAGACUUGACUGUGAGCCCCAAGAUGCAGCUGGAUGCCAGCCUCACGCUGAGUAGCAGUAGCAGCAGUCUUCAGACUAGUCCUAGGAGCCAUUCAGUUCUUAUCCCGGGCCUGCCUGACAAGUUAACACCAAAGGCACCUGUUCCAGUCACGCCAGGAAACCCCUCUCUAGCACUGGAACUGCAGGAGGUGGAGCCCUUGGUGGUGCCCCAGGCUUCUCCCACCCGCGAGCGCUCGCCAGACGUCAUUUCCUCUGCUUCCACAGCCAUGUCCCAAGAUAUCCCAGAGAUCGCUUCCGAGACCUUGCAACGCAGCUUCGCGGCAGCUCCGUCUGGGCUCCCUGCGGAGGUGCUGGAGUCCAGUCAUCACGCAGACAGUAUGGCAUCCGCUGCCUCAGCCUUGCAUUUGCUGUCUCCAAGGAACCGGCACAAUUCAGAGCACAGCCACCACUCUUUGGACAUGCCUCCAGUGGAGGUGGACAGACUGAAUGCUCCGUCGUUACUGGAGACUGCUUUAACUCAGGAAAACGCAUCUUCUGACAGUGUUGUGAGUCAGCCGUGGCCAGCAGCUCCUGACAUAACCAGAGAAACCAGGAACAGCAUGGCAGACAGCCCAAGGGAUGAGGUUGAAGAAAAGCACAAGAGCUCUUCCUAUCAUCGACACAGCUACCACCUGCUGCAGCAUGACAGCCAGGAUGCUAGUGCAGAACAAAGUGACCAUGAUGAUGAAGUUGCAAGCUUGGCUUCUACGUCGGGUGGAUUUGGUGCCAAAGCGUCUACGCAGAGGCUGCCUGUGAAGGACUGGAGCCAAGGCAUCCCCCGGGCUUCCCCAAAGCUAAAGCGGAAGGGCAAGAAAGAUGACGGGUACGCUGGGCUUGCCAGAAUACAGGUGGCUGUGGGACCAGAUGAGCUGAUGUGCAUAUUGAGGAACCAACAGCGGGAGCUCUCUGAGCUGCGGCAGAACCAGAUGGAGCUGCUGCAGAGACUCACGGAUCACCUUGAUGCCAUUCAGAGCUCCCUUAUGGGCCACGUGGAGAGGGUGAUUGACUCCCAGCAGGAGCAGGAGCAGAGAAGACUAGACCGAGCGCUGACGGAAGGACAGCAGCGCAACGGGCAGCUCCAGGAGCAUCUGUCUCAGCAGCUCUCUCAGUCCCUUUCCACUGCUGUGUGUAACCGUCUGGAGAGGACCAUUCGCGAGGAGAUGAAGAAGACCGUACCCCAGUGCAUUUCCAAGAGCAUGGACCCUAUCACUGGCCAGCUAAGUAACACUAUUGCUGCCAAGCUCACUGCUGUUGAGGGGACGCUGAAGGAGAGUAUCACCAAGCUAGUGAAAUCAAAGAACCUUACAGAUACUGUCGUGAGGGCAACGGCCGAUACCCUGCAGGGGCCGAUCCAGUCAGCUUACAGGGAAGCAUUUCAGAGCGUUGUGUUGCCAGCCUUCGAGAAGAGCUGCCAGUCCAUGUUCCAGCAAAUCAAUGACACCUUCAAGCAGGGCACACAGGAAUAUAUCCAGCAGCUUGAGACUCACUUGAAGAACAAGAAGGUACGAGAACAGGAGGCCCGGGACCCGCUGCUGAAUCAGCUUCGACAGCUUAUCAGCACCUUCCAGAGCACCACCGAGCAGCUGGCUUCCACUGUCGCAGCCAGCGUCCACGCUGAGGUGCAGCAUCAGCUGCAUAUUAUCGUGGGCAACAUGCAGGAGUCUAUUUUGGCCCAAGUGCAGAGAGUCAUUAAAGGAGAAGUGAGCCUGGCUAUGAAGGAGCAGCAGGCAGCUGUCACCUCGAGCAUCGUCCAGGCGAUGCGCUCGGCGGCCGGGACUCCAAUCCCCUCUGCUCACUUGGAUUUCCAAUCUCAACAAACUCACAUCCUUCAGCUGCUCCAGCAGGGACACCUCAACCAAGCUUUCCAGCAGGCUCUAACAGCGGCUGAUCUCAACCUGGUUCUGUAUGUCUGUGAGACUGUGGAUACUCAGCAAGUAUUUGGACAGCAUCCGUGCCCGCUGUCCCAGCCUGUGCUGCUCUCUCUCAUUCAGCAGCUCUCCUCAGAUUUGGGUACUCGUACGGAACUGAAGUUGAAUUACUUGGAGGAAGCGGUGAUGCACCUGGACCACAGUGACCCCAUCACCCGAGACCACAUGGGGUCAGUCAUGAACCAAGUGCGACAGAAGCUCUUCCAGUUCCUCCAGGUGGAACCCCACAACACGCUGAGCAAACCUGCCCGUCGCCUCAUGAUCAUGCUCCAGGGCCUGGUCACCCCUGGCAUGACCUAGGAGGACCUGGCUACCUUGUGGGCUGCUCCACGGAAGCCCACCCAGCAGAUCCAGUAGUUACUAACCACGUAUGGCUUGUGUUAAGAGCUCUUGCCAGGAAAUCUAUCAACAUGUGUGUGAUGUCUCUAAGGCAAACGCCGCCAUCUGUGUAUAGUCCCAAAUAGUCACUGAACGCUCACUUGGCUUAUUUUUCCUAAAUAGCCUCUUUUUGAGAGAGUUAAGUCUCUUCUUCACCUGCCCAUCCGUCCCUGAGGCCUGGCUGGCAGUCCAAGUUGCAUUCAGCAGAAGCCGGUGGAUUUUUCUUACCCCUUUCGUUUGGAAUCUGCUGCCGUGAGCAGAGGAGAAGGGAGGUGCGCGCUGAGCCCUGAGCGAGGGGGCUGCCGGGGCCCCGUGCUCCUCCUUGACCAGAAACUAGUACCUGUAUCUUAGUCAAGGACUCAAACUCCUCCUCGCCGCUGGGCUGAGUAGCUGGGAGGAUAAAACCGAGCAGGGAGGGCGUUUCAUUUAACUCCAGAUCCGCGCUGCCGCCGCAGCGGGGUGCCCAGCCCUUCCUCCGUGGUGCGGGCAGGUUUGGGCAGGGGGGCUGUGCGUGCAUGCCUCUGGGGUGAGCUGUGAGGAGGUGCUCUGGGUCGGGAUGGUCGGGCAGCGGCAAGCUGCGCCAGCCCCUGGGGGCCGUCGGUUCUGUUGUGUAUCGGAGCAUGUCCAUGGUUCAGACGUUAGGUUUGAUUUUACACCAGGGUUUUUCUUUUUAUCUUAAAUUUUGAAUUUUUUUUUUUUUUGAAAUAACAUUAAGAACAAUUCAAUAAACAACUUUUUGAGGAAA